UUAAUACGAACGAACUUCGAGAAACCCGAUCUUACGAAUUUCCGAUUACCUAUCAUUUUAAAGUUCUGAAUCACUCGUUUGUGCUGUAAUAAGAUACCCGAAUAAUUCGAUCCGACAAGAUCAACGCCGACCGUUACGGAACACUUCUUCUAAUAGAUUCGGACAAUAUCAAGCCAUCGGCGACGAUCCAUGGCGCAACCAGCAAAUUCCUUGAGCUCCGACAAGUGGAGCUCUCUCCUGUCACGACUAAAUCCUAUCCCCAGCUUCCCAGAGUAUACCGGUCCUUACAAAGUCGGUACCGCCGAUGUUGAGAUACCAGUUUCAGAGCUUGAUUCCCCAGCCCCAGCACCAGACAAUGCAGCCGAUAUAGAGACGGUACAGUUCCGGAUGUUCUACCCGGCGCACCCGGAUGCCCAAGGCAAGCGUAUCACAUGGCUCCCGGCUCCGCAGCGUGAUCACCUAUCUGCCUACAUACAGUUUCUAGGAGUCGGGCAAUUAGUGGCACAAGCAGUCUCCUUCUUACCGAGACAUCUCCACUACACCUACAUACCGGUCGUUAAGAACGCGCCGAUACUCGAGCCCAACACCCCGAACAACCGAUGGCCGACAGUCAUCUUCUCCCACGGCCUCGGCGGCAGCAGGAACGCAUACUCGCAGAUCGUCGGGUCCCUCGCCUCUCACGGCGUCGUGGUCAUAUGUCCCGAGCACCGAGACGGCAGCGCCGUCAAAUCGUUCAUCCGGAUCCCAUCACAGCAAAACCGAUACUUCGUACGUAAUACGCGACGCGAAGUGCCGUACAGACGCAUCCCACACGACCCCAACGACGAGACUCAUGCCUUGCGCAACGACCAGCUACGCAUCCGGCUAUGGGAGAUGGGGUUAGUGCACGAGGCUCUACUAGGAAUCGACCGGGGAUCGGCCCUGACGAACCUAAACAAGAGCACGCCUUCCCUCGCGCAGUUCGUCGGACAACUGCACGUGCAAGAGCCCGGUAGUAUUAUCUUCGCCGGCCACAGCUUCGGCUCCGCCACCAUGGUCCAGUUCCUCAAAUCCGUCUUCUACGCCGGCCGCCCGGAGCUCGAGGCCAUGACGGACCCGCUAUACGUACCUUCCCGCGACUCCUCGAUAUACCGGCAAGUGACACCGCGUAACGUGACGAUCCUCAUGGAUAUGUGGUGUUUCCCACUCCUCUCCAAAACCACAAAACCCCUCUGGGACCUCCCCCUCCCCGCCUACGCCUCCCCCACAUCCCCACCAUCGUCACCAUCCCCCUCCCCCUCCCCAGGCGGCACAGCCCUCCUCGCCGUAUCCUCCGAAGACUUCCACAACUGGAAAGAACACCUCCACGUAACCGCGCGCGCUCUUUCUCCCUCCCCCUCCGCGCCCUCCGUCCUCGCCUCCGCCUUCUACAGCUCCGGCGUCAAGCUCGCCGAGCCGCACUUCUUCUUCGUCGAGCGUUCCGCCCACCUCAGUCAAUCUGACUUCGGCGUCCUGUUCCCCUGGCUCAUGUUCAAGAUCUAUAAAUCGGAGGAACCCGAUCGCGCGCUGAGGCUUAAUCGCAGGGCCCUGCUGCAGGUGCUCCGUGUUAAUGGGGUUCCGGUUGCGAGGACUUGGACGGGUGAUUUGGUGGAUGGGGUUGCGGAGGGGAAGAUGGGUGUUGGUGAGGAGAGUGGGAUUGAUGGGAAGGGUGGGGUUGUUGGUGUUGUGGUCGAGGGGGGCGAUGGCGGUUCUGACGAUGGGGUGAGUGAUGAUAGGGCGAUUUUCGAUCGUGGUGGGAAUGGCGUUGUUGAUGCGUGGCGCUGGAUCGAUAUCGUGGGUAUGGGCGAUGCGGAGGCCGCGGUGGAGAGUGUUGGUGCUAAGGACGAUGUGCUGGAGACGGGCGAUCAGGCGGCUGAGGCGCGGGAGCCGGAGAUGGCGGGUGUUAUUGAACCUCAUGUUACGGAGGGUGCGGCGGUUGAGAGUCGUUGAAAGUCUGUGGGCAUGGUUGGCGUUGGAUCGGUAUUAGGAGGUUGUCCUUUUUUAUAUUCUUCUUACUUUGCGGGAUCAGUAUAGAGUAAGAAAAGGUGUUGUGGUGUUGCGAAAAAGAGUUGGGAGGUGGGUUGGAAAAAUACUGGCUAUACGGCGUUUUUAGAGGAAACAAAUAGCUUAUCUCAGAUACGUAUGGAUUCAUAACGUAUCUGUACCAGUACGACCGCGACGGGUUUGGUUUUUUUCAAGUCUAUGUUUACUUUGAAGAUUAUUAACUCUUAGCAUUAUCUGGAACAGUAACAUGAUAAAAUU